GGGGUGGGGUGCAGAGGGAGGGACCCAGGGGCGAGGAACGCGCGGAGGGACGCGAGGGGGGCAGGAGCCGGCGCGUUAGAGACCUGGGCGAGGGAGACUUAGAGAGCGGGGCGCAGCGGGAGGGGGCGGGUGUGGAAGCCGCGGCAGGACCCUGAACCCCGAAAGGCAGAGACCGGAAACGUCCCUGGCCUGAGAUCGCCCCCCCGGGGUAAAUUCCCAGUUGGGUCGGGGCAGAGAGACGCCUUCAAGGCCAAAAACCUUAGGAGGCAGAUACCCCUAGGCGAUACUCCCCCGCCCCCUCAUCCUCUCGCCCCAGACCAAGAGCGGGCCCCAGAGAGGGACGAGGACGGACUGUCAGAGGACAACGCCCCCCUCCCCAGACGCCUGGGAGACCCUGGGGGCGCCGAGGGCCUUGCGCGGGCCAGGGCGACCUCUCCUCGGUUGGGGGCGAUGGGGACACGGGCCCCCAAGGCCCUGCUCCUCCUCCUCUUGCUCCGGCUGCUGCCGCCACGCGGGGCCUCGGCGGGGAGCCUGCAGAGCCCAGGCCUGUCCGAGUGCUUCCAGGUGAAUGGCGCCGACUACCGCGGCCACCAGAACCGCACCGGCCCCCGUGGGGCCGGCCGCCCGUGCCUCUACUGGGACCAGACGCAGCAGCACAGUUACAGCAGCGCCAGCGACCCCCAGGGCCGCUGGGGGCUGGGCGCGCACAACUUCUGCCGUAACCCAGACGGUGACGUGCAACCAUGGUGCUAUGUGGCUGAGACGGAGGAGGGCAUUUACUGGCGCUACUGCGAUAUCCCCACGUGUCACAUGCCUGGGUACCUGGGCUGCUUCGUGGACUCUGGGGCACCUCCGGCCCUCAGCGGCCCCAGUGGCACCUCAACAAAGCUCACCGUCCAGGUGUGCCUUCGCUUCUGCCGCAUGAAGGGCUACCAGUUGGCGGGCGUGGAGGCCGGCUACGCCUGUUUCUGUGGCUCUGAAAGCGACCUGGCCCGAGGACGCCCGGCUCCGGCCACCGACUGUGACCAGAUCUGCUUCGGCCACCCGGGCCAGCUGUGUGGUGGCGAUGGACGCCUGGGCAUCUACGAAGUGUCCGUGGGCUCCUGCCAGGGGAACUGGACCGCACCCCAGGGUGUCAUCUACUCCCCGGACUUCCCGGACGAGUACGGGCCGGAUCGUAACUGUAGCUGGGUGCUGGCCCCUCCGGGCGCCGCGCUGGAGCUCGCCUUCCGCCUCUUCGAGCUGGCCGACUCGCGUGACCGGUUGGAGCUGCGCGACGCCACCUCGGGCAGCCUGCUCCGCGCCUUCGACGGCGCUCGGCCGCCGCCGCCGGGCCCGCUGCGCCUGCGCGCCGCCGUGCUGCGGCUCACGUUCCGCAGCGACGCGCGCGGCCACGCGCAGGGCUUCGCGCUCACCUUCCAGGGGCUGCAGGACGCCGACGCCGACCCGGCGCCCCUCGAGGGCUCGACUCAGACCCCAGCAGUGCCCCUCGACGGGGCCAACGUGAGCUGCAGCCCCGGGCCUGGACGUCCAGAGGACUCGAUGGGGGCCCAGGUCUUCUCGACGGUGACGGCCGUCUCGGUGCUGCUACUGCUGGUGCUGUCGCUGCUGCGCCUGCUGCGCGGACGGGGCUGCCUGCUGGCUCCGGGUAAAGGGUCCCCAACGUUGGGGCCUUCCCGGGACCCCACAAGAAGCUGGGCCGUUUGGUACCGCCGGCCUCGAGGGGUGGCCCUGCCCUGUCCUCCCGGGGACCCCCAGGUUGAGGGUUUAACCGCGAGUUACCGGCCCUUGAGCGCCUCCAGCCAGAGUUCCCUGCGUUCACUCAUCUCUGCUCUCUGACUCGGGGACCCCCAGGGUCCACUGGAUCUUCUUGCGGCUGGAUGGACUCCGCAGACCCUAUGCCACCCUUUGUGUGCCUUGGCCUUCUGCCCCUUUGAGGGCAGCUCUAGUCAUCUCGAGGAGGCC